AUGAGGACCACCGGGCGCUGGUCACAUUGGUUCGCGAUUACCUUUUUUCACAAAAUGGAGGCCUUGGAGAUUCCGAAUAGCAAACAGUUCGUGUUCAUCUUGCGUGCAAAUGCCAUGAAAGAGGCUGUCAGUGGACUGACAGAGGUUUGGCACAAGAAAUGGAGGGCGCACAAGGAGGCCAAGGCCGAGCACGAGAAGGUCAGCAAGGACCCGUUCCGGGAGUUCGACCUCCCGUACAACAAGAUCUCCAUGUUCUGCGUCUUCAUGAGCGAGAUCGGCGAGCACCUCGACAAAGGCAUCGCAGACAUCAUGGAGGACGACGGGGAGCGUUGCCGCCUCAAGACGCAGCUCAAGGAGCUCCGCGGCGCCUGCCAGACCCUGGAGGACAUGCCGGCGACCACAAUGGACGUGUCGGUGGGGGCCUUUUCUUCCAAGUACGCCACGCUGAAGGUGGACGGGAAUUGGAAGUGGACCCUGACGCUCACGGAUCUCACCGGGGAACCUUUCAAGCAGAUGCUGAUGCACGCCGUGGGCUUGCUCAACAAGGAUGGUCCCAUCGAGGUGGCCCUCCGCAGGCAGUAUGCCACCAACGACGAGGAUGAGCUUUGGGAGUACGUGAAGAAGCAGCCCAGGCCCGGCAAGGGCGCGGGCAAUCGCGGCAGAGGCUGCAGGUGA